AUGGCUACUGAGCCAUCACAAGGCCUUGUGGAACAAGGGUCCUACCCACAGCGUUUAGCAUUCGGCUUGUCUUUGGGCUACCAGCGCUCCCUGUUUGAAGAUGCCCUAAGCCUACCUCUGCACUUCAAGCAGCCUUAUCUGGAGCCGGCCUGCGGUCACAGCUAUGGAGGGCAUCUAUCAUGCCUGCCUUUCCCUGAACACCUGGCCACAUACAACUGUUCCUUUGAGCCAGCGUUCAUUCGCAAGCGCAACGAACGAGAGAGGCAGAGGGUCCGGUGCGUGAAUGAGGGUUACACAAGACUCCGGGAACAUCUGCCCCAGGGGUGCGAGGACAAGAGACUAAGCAAGGUAGAGACACUACGUGCAGCCAUCAGCUACAUUAAACACCUGCAGAACCUGCUGGAGUUCCGGCUGCCUGACACCAUGGUAUCCACAUCUCCCGGGAGGGACAGAAGAAUUGAAGAUAGCACAGGGCUCUCUGAGUGCAACAGUGACGGGGAGUCCAAACACAGUCUGAGUGACAAUGGGGAUCCAUGCUACUGA